CCAGUUGUCAAACAAGAACUAUACGGUGAUGACUUCCAUUUACCCAUCAAACCCGAAAUCACAAUCGUCGAGAGCGAUCCACUCACUGAAAACUUCUACGAAGGUGGUGACAAUAAUUUUGAUAAUGACUCUGACGGAGAGAUCAUUCUGAACCAUAAACGGUCGAAGAGGACCAGGAGAGGAAAAGAUAAUACUUUUAGCAAUGUUAAGUUGAACAAAACCAAAUUGAGUCCUUUCGAAUGUGAUUAUUGUGAUAAAAUACUUGUAGAUGCUAAAGGCUUGACUUUGCAUACUCGUCUGCACACUGGAGAGCAUUUGAAACAUUGCGGGAUAUGCAACAGAGGUUUUGCAAAAAUGUCACACCUCAACCGACACAUAACAACAAUGCAUGCAGAUGACACGAUGGAAGUUAGUGAUUCGAAAGAAAUAAAAGAAGAACCCGAUGAACAGAGUAGUAGUACCACUGCCAAUAUCGAGGAAGAAGCACCAGAAGAAGCGAUAACAGAGCCUGUUGUAGAAGAACCUAAGAAAAGUAGCGUCAAGAAAAAGUAUAAAUGCCAAUUUUGUACGGAAAGCUUUGAUGAAAGGAACCAACUCAGUUUACAUAUUGUAUCGCACAAGGAAAGCCCUAGGAAGCGAGGCAGGCCUUCGAAAAGAGACACCCAGCUCCGCAUACAGAAACAGAAGGAGCAAAAGCGUUUGGACAAAUUGCAAGAUUCGAAUGAAGGUUCACAGAAUCAAUCGAGCGAUGCAGAUUCGAGUAACGAUGAAGAUAAACCUCUGUCCGCUUUCAGAGACAUGAAAAACGACGUCAAAACCGAAAUUGAUGAACUGGCCGACGGAAACUGUACAAUGUGCGAUAGAGUUAUAACCAAUUUCGAUAAGCUGAGAGUUCAUUUGAGGAAACACACAGGUGAGAAAUUAGCCUCGUGCAAGAUUUGCGGUCAGAACUUCAUACAGAAAUCUCAAUUAAAACGACAUUUAAUGACGCAUUGUAAUAUCAAUACUUAUCGAGGUGUCGAACUGAGACUUCGGCCUGAUUUGUUCAAAGGAGACUAUUCUGAAGACGGUAAGGAGGAACCGAUAUUGGAUACUGACACCCAGGAAACUUUGGUCGACAGAAUUAUGAGAUAUCUUACUGAGAAAGGCGCAGAGGGUGUUAAUAGAUUUAUUCAGGUUACCACGACAAGUGCCAUCGACAUGUUCACCGAAUCGGAGUCGUCGGAUAGCGAAAAUGAGCAGAAUGGUUCCGCAACUUUAGCGAGUAAAAGGAGAUAUCAAUAUUGUUCGGUGUGCAAUGCAGCCUUUUUGAGAAGCGACCAUAUAAUAAGGCACAUGUCGACGCACGAUCCGAGCCAAUUCGAUGAUAAAUGUGAGGUCUGCGAAAGGGUCUUUCCGAAUAGGGAUCUUUUGGAGAGGCACAGGAGGUCGCAGUGCGAAAACGUCGAAAAGCAACAUAAAUGUAAAGUAAGUAAAAAAUAG